UUUUCUGAUCUGUCCACACCAGAUCGGGAAGCUGUGAAGGAGGUGCUGCCCGGCCUUCGCAGAGUCAGCAUGCCUCACAUCACCCUGACCACAGACACUCGUAGGCGGCCGAGGCGUACUGCGAGCCAGCACCCGUCGCGAUGCAGCUUCACGGACCGCGUUCAGGCGAACGGAGACGCCAUCGCCCAGCAUGAAAACGGUAAGACUCCGCUUGUCAUUGUAACCUGCACUACUUGCCACAUGUACAGUUUAGCUUCUUCCGUCAGCAUAGAGGGGUUUUCAUGUGCUAAGUGUAUUGAAGUAGUAAGGCUGACGGAGAAGGUUGCUGAACUUGAAGCGCGCAUCCGAACGUUAGUUGAGGACAGUAAGACCGCUAAUGUUAAUGUUACAAACACUGUUUCGGGUGCGCCUAGUGUUAAGCGUAAUACACAUGGCUCGGUUCCGACUUCAGAGUCAAGGCGGCUGACUAACUGGGUGACUGUCAGGCGGCAUAGUCACAUUCGGCACCCAAAUCACGCUCCUGUUUUAAUAUCAAACAGAUUUUCUCCACUCAGCAAUACACCGGCUGAGACGUCUGUUAAAAGUGCCCUGGUUAUUGGAGAUUCUAUACUCAGGAACGUUGACAUUGAGGCACCAGCCACCAUAGUCGAUUGUAUACCGGGAGCCAGAGCGUCUGACAUUAGAUCCAAAUUAAAAGUGCUGGCUAAUGCUAAACGUAAGUUUUCUAAGAUUGUUAUUCACGCCGGCACGAAUGACACCAGACUCCGCCAGUCGGAGAUCACAAAAGAUACUAUUAAAGAGGUGUGUGAAAUUGCAAAAACAAUGUCAGACAAUGUAAUUUGCUCUGGUCCCCUCCCCGCCUACCGGGGGGAUGAAACUUACAGUAGAUUAGUGUCUCUUCAUGGCUGGAUGUCAAAGUGGUGCCCUCAGCAUAACGUAGGGUUUAUAGACAAUUGGAAGCAUUUCCGGGGAAGACCUGACCUGCUAAAGAGAGAUGGCCUCCAUCCGUCUCCGGAAGGUAGUGCUAUACUCUCUAGAAAUCUGACCAAUAGUCUUACUUUUGAUAUAGUCUGACUAUCCAGGGCCCAGGUCAGGAAACAGACAGAUAGGCUUACCCAUCAGUCUGUUAGCUGCCUUGACAUGUCAAGAUCACAUAUAUCCCAGCACAUAGAGCCUUUUUUACCAGAGUACCAACACAUC